UACCGGAAACGUAUCCGGAAGUCCGAGUUGUCUAUGCGGAACUGAUGAAGACAGUAAAUAAAAAAGCAUUGGCAACUUGCGCUUCAUCUCAACACGGGAUUUAAAAGCUGCAAAAAUGACAAACGUGUACUCUUUCGACGGCAUUCUUGUAUUUGGACUUCUUUUCAUUUGCACGUGUGCGUACCUGAAGAAAGUCCCUCGUCUUAAUAGCUGGCUCUUGUCUGAGAAGAAAGGUGUCUGGGGAGUAUUUUACAAAGCUGCAGUGAUAGGCACACGGCUUCACAUUGCUGUGGCGGCGUCCUGUUUGUGUAUGGCGUUUUACCUGAUUUUUCUGAAAUGACCUGGGUGAAUCUGUCUCUUGGACACUGGACUAUGGAAUGCCGAUAGAAACGCAGUGCCGGCAGAUAUCGCCCACUCCUGAAGAAGACGCACAGAGAUCCGACUCCACCUGCACCUGGUUCAGGACCUGCUUUCCAUUUUUGUAAAUGAUUAACUUAAGAUGGGAUUUGGGGGGGGGGGGAAAUUCGGUCGUAGAUCAAGGUUAAGCUGUGAUUUCUGCCCAAAAUGGAGCACCUACUUAGGGACUCAAACUUCACAUCUGUUUGUUGUGUUGUUCUCUCAGACAUGCACAUGUUUUGCUUGGGCUUAUAGGGGACCGUAAAGACAGUAGACACGAUGUUAUCUUGUACAAUUAUUGAAUAUAAGUUGUUUAUAAAAAAAUGUCAGGCUUUAGGCUUAUAGUUGUUAUAAUUGGCUUUACUCAAGUUACUGAAAAGGAAACCUAAAAGUCAUUUAGUUUAGGAAUUGUAAUGUAUUACCUUUAACAUUAUUUUUUGAUAUCACAUAUGUGCCUAGGUACAUUAAUUUUGUAAUAUAUGUAAAAGCUAAUCAUCUUGACCCACACCAUGUGAUUUGAUUCUGAGGACACAACUUGCAUAAACAUUGACAUAAAUGUCACCUCUUUCCUGAAUGGACAUGUAAUGGCAAAAUACACUACAAUUUAAAUCUUUAACAUUUAUAAGAGGGUUUCAGCUUCCAAACUUGGUCUUAUUCUUCCUGUUUAGUAACCAUGAUCAUUUAAAUUAGGAAAUAGAACUUUUUCGAAUCAAGAAUUAAGAUGAGAGGUUUCUGUAAUAUAGCCUCAGGAUGAUAAAUGUAUAAACUCCCUUUUCUCAUGCUGGUGCAGUUUUGUCUAUUACACAGCACAGAACAUUUUGUAUUCCUGUAUUCAGUUGUGUGCCCUAAAGUGUAUCCAAACUUAUCGUCAUUUCUUCAUGUACAAAAGUCAAGAAUUUAACUAUCCUUUUUCUCUAAAAUCUUUCGUUCGGCCUAAAUGUACACAGUCAUGCUCUAAAACUGCUCUAUACAAAAUGAUAGCUGUUGGGUGUUCAUAUUUGUAAACAUGUGGAACAUAAUAAAGAAUUGAUAUAAAACCCUAUGCAACACAAUA